AUGGCAUAUCAUCACAAGUCUGGGUAUCAAAAAGCUAAAGACCGUGAAGAUAAAAAGAAACGUGAGGAAGCGGUCAUUUCAAAAACUGUUAAAAUAACUGAGCUUUUUCCUACGAUUAGUGUCAAUGUCAAUAGAGAAGACCCACCAUCAAAUUCACCUUUACCAUGUGUUGGUCAGUGUGGUUUGCCUGGUCAAUUUGGUCAUGAAUUUGAACGUGAUAACAGUGUUGCAGCUAAACCAGAAGCACAAGCUGGUUCCAAAGGUGAUGACAAUUCUUUUUCCACUGACAUUGGGCAAUGGUCUGAAGUGGAAAUCAAUGAUACAUUCUGUAACUUUUGGGUAACUCGUGGCAGUGAAUGUUGUCAACAUUCAAAUGCUGACUUCACUAGUUCAAUGCAAAUCGAUGGAAAACAGAAGCGCUACUGCUCACAGAAUCUCUUUUAUCGUGUUCAUUCUCGCAAUGGUGAGAAAGUCCCAAGGUCAUGGUUGUGUUAUUCACCAACAACAUCUCGCAUUUACUGCUUUGUAUGUAAAUUAUUUUCUGCUGAUGAUAAUUCAUUCUCAAGGAACGGUUUUUGUGAUUGGAAAAAUUCAGCUUCACGAAUACAGUCACAUGAAAACAGCAUUGCACAUAGAAAUGCAACAAUCACAUUCAGCCAAAGAGUACAAGUCAGAGGAUGUGUAGAUUCAGCAAUAGUUGAGCAAUACACACAGGAAUGUGCAUAUGCAAAAUCUGUGCUAGAAAGAGUUAUCAAAUUCCUUGCUGAAAGAGGGCUCGCAUUUAGAGGACAUACUGAAAUAUUGGGGUCAAGUUCUAAUGACAAUUUUUUGGGAAUUUUGGAGUUGAUUGCUCAGUUUGAUCCAUUCCUCUCCAGUCAUAUUGACAACCAUGGUGGUAAAGGGAAAGGCUCUGUUUCAUACCUGUCAUCGACAAUUUGUGAUGAGUUAAUUGAUGUCAUGGGAAAGCAAGUUAUGAAAACAAUAUUGUCUGAAAUACGUGGAGCAAAAUUUUAUUCGAUUUCUGUUGACUCUACUCCAGACAUAUCUCAUGUUGAUAGGCUGUCAUGUGUCUUUUGA